AUGGCAGUGAAACGGAUUAAUAAGGAACUUAGUGAUUUGGCCCAUGACUCACCAGCACAAUGUUCUGCAGGUCUAGUUGGGGAUUGCAUGUUUCAUUGGCAAGCAACAAUUAUGGGACUUAAUGAUAGCUCAUAUCAAGGCAGUGUAUUCUUUUUGACAAUUCAUUUUCCUAUAGAUUAUACCUUCAAACCAUCUAAGGUUGCAUUUACAACAAGAGUUUAUCAUCCAAAUAUUAACAGUAAUGGCAGCAUUUGUCUUGAUAGUCUAAGAUCACAAUGGUCUCCUGCUUUAACUAUUUCUAAAGUUCUUUUAUCCAUUUUUUCAUUGCUAUGUGAUCCAAACCCAGAUGACCCCCUAGUACCAGAGAUCGCAUAG